AUGUUUGAACAGCAGAUGGGUAAAAACGUUGAAGUGUACAUAGACGACAUGGUGGUUAAAAGUAAGUUAGCCCCCAACGAUAUUGAAGAUCUCGGCAACGUUUUUCAAAUACUGAGAAAGUAUAAACUAUGGCUAAACGCAACCAAAUGUUCGUUUGGAGUGGGAUCUGAAAAAUUCCUGGGCUAUAUGGUGACUCACAGAGGCAUUGAGGCAAACCCCGACCAAAUAAGAGCCAUCCAUGGCUUGCAGCCUCCUCGGAACCCUAAAGAAGUCCAGAAGCUUACUGGUAUGGUUGCAGCUUUAAACCGUUUCAUCUCGCGCUCAGCAGAUAGAUGCAGGCCAUUUUUUCUCCUGUUACAUAAGUGGAAAGGAUUUGAGUGGAAUGAGGAGUGCACUAUGGCUUUCCAAAAAUUAAAGGAGUACCUCGGCCGACCACCAAUUAUGUCCAGUCCAAAUGCCGACGAGGUUUUGUUUGCCUACAUAGUAGUGGCCCGGCAUGCAGUAAGCCUGGUGCUAAUCCGAGAGGACAACGGCACACAACGACCAAUCUAUUAUGUUAGCAAAUCCCUGCAGGAGGCAAAAACCCGCUAUCUACCCUUUGAAAAGGCUAUCUUGGCCGUCGUGCAGGCAACGCGAAAGCUUCCCCACUACUUCCAAGCGCACACUGUGGUAGUGCUAACACAACUCCCCAUAAAAUCUGUCCUACGCAGCGCCGAUUACACAAGCAGAAUUGCAAAGUGGGGAACGAUCCUGGGCGCUUUCGAUCUUAAAUACAUGCCUCGUACUGCAGUAAAGGGCCAGGUCCUUGCCGACCUAAUAGCCGAGUUUGCGGAGCCCACGCUAGAGGAACAAAACAUGGCGGGAACACUAGGGACUGAUGAGAAGAUGAUCAGCGCAGUCUCUCAGCAUGAAAACACUUGGUGGAAAGCAUACAUUGAUGGCGCGUCGAACCAAAGGGGCUCAGGAUUGGGACUUGUCCUGGUCUCACCUGAAGGGAUCACAAUAGAGAAGUCAUUGAGACUCGGUUUUACAGCAACGAAUAACGAAGCCGAAUAUGAGGCACUACUGGAGGGAAUGGGAAUGAUUCGAAAAAUGGGGGGAAAAUCGGUAGACAUGUUCUCGGAUUCAAGACUUAUUGUGGAGCAGGUAAAUGGAGACAUGGAGGCAAAUGACGAAAAAAUGCAAGAUUAUCUAGUACGGGUUAAGCACCUGCAGGCCCAUUUUCAUCAAUUCCGCUUGACGCACAUACCUAGAAGCGGGAACACUCAUGCCGAUUCUCUCGCGACGUUGGCCACCUCCUCGGCCCAACCCUUACCUCGAGUCAUUCUGGUAGAAGAGGUCCUCCGUCCAUCAACAAAAAGGGCCAAUGGGAUUGGAAUACAUAACAUCAGAGCAGGACCGAGUUGGAUGGACCCUAUCGCUCUGUACUUAAAGCAUGACACCUUGCCAGACGAUAAGGUCGAGGCUGGCAAAAUCAGGAGAAAGGCUACUCGAUUCUGGUUAUUGGAGGACUCCAAGCUUUACAGACGCUCGUUUUCAAGGCCGUAUUUGCUAUGUGUGCACCCAGAGGCUGCAGAGUUCAUCCUGGAGGAGUUACAUGAAGGAAUUUGCGGAAGUCACACGGGGGGAAAAUUUCUUCUCGUCGGCACCGACUACUUCACCAAAUGGGUAGAGGCUGAGGCGCUGAAAAACAUUAGGGAUGUCGAUGUCAAGAAGUUUCUCUGGAAGAACAUAGUCACUAGGUUUGGCACCCCGCACACCUUGGUAUCGGACAACGGGCUCCAGUUUGAUAGCAAAGCCUUUAGAAGGUACUGCAGCGAGCUGGGAAUUGUCAACCGGUAUUCCACACCAGCUUACCCCCAGAGUAAUGGCCAAGUAGAAGCCGUCAACAAGACCAUAAUGAACGGACUGAAAAAGAGACUAGAUGACGCAAAAGGAAGAGGGGUAGAAGAGUUAGCCCAUGUCUUAUGGACAUACCGCACCACGCCUUGUAGGUCCACAGGGGAAACCCCUUUUUCAAUGACCUAUGGGGUCGAGGCUUUCAUUCCACUGGAGGUGAACUUCCCAACCUAG